CGAAGCCAGGAGGAAGGACUGGCAAGAGCUACUCCAGUCUGCGACGGGUAAACUCGCGCAUGUGCAUUGGCCUUCGGUCGGCAGAAAGCCAUGGCUUCUUUAUGCGUAGAGCUUUGGCUUAUGUGACGCACUGUAUUUCUGGCUCUCGUACCACACUAUUCUGUAAACUGGGAAGCGAAGCCCAGAUGUUGGAAGCAAUUAUUCUAGGAUAUCAAGAGCUUGAAGCAAGUAAUUAAUCAAACCUCAGGGCAGAGAACCGAGCGUAAAGCCACUGGGAGCCAGUACUCGAGCGCAGCUCCGCCCCUCUUUUGGCGAAGCUACGAGGUCUGACCCUUCCCGCCACCUGUCGCGCAGCGGGGCAAGCGCGGAAGGCUGGGCGGGCAGCGCGCCGCUAUGGAACCGGACGGGACCUACGAGCCAGGCUUCGUGGGUAUUCGAUUCUGCCAGGAAUGCAACAACAUGCUUUACCCCAAGGAAGACAAGGAGAACCGCAUUCUGCUCUACGCGUGCCGGAAUUGUGAUUACCAGCAGGAGGCUGACAACAGCUGCAUCUACGUCAACAAAAUCACACACGAAGUGGACGAACUAACCCAGAUCAUCGCUGACGUGUCCCAGGACCCCACGUUGCCGCGGACUGAAGACCACCCAUGCCAAAAGUGCGGCCACAAGGAGGCGGUGUUCUUCCAGUCACACAGUGCCCGGGCCGAGGACGCCAUGCGCUUGUACUACGUGUGCACGGCCCCACACUGCGGCCACCGCUGGACCGAGUGAACCACCCUCCCCUCGUGUAAUAAAUGCUGUGUUCUGAGGACGGAGGCUUCCCUUGCACCCUUCAGUCUGCGACCUGAAUCCCGUCAUCAAUACCUGUUUUCACUCCAUAUCCCUCAGUAGCCCCCACCCCUCCCUUGUGGCUGGGAGCUGAAGUGGACCUGGUGGCUGAGUCCCCACCCAACAAACACAAGCACAGCUGGAAACUCCACAUUCCAUGCACCUCCCUUCAUUUUGUCCCUUUUCUUCCCAAACCCUGCCACGGCUCACCAGUGUGAGUCCUCAUGUGGCGCUUGAGGUCGAAGGCGUCGUGAAAGCCCUUGCCACAACAGCGGCACACGUGGCGGCGUGCAGGGCUGUGGCACUUGAGGUGCCGGGUCAGCAUUCGCUGCAAAGGGAAGGCCUUGGGGCAGAGUGGGCAUCCAAGUGUCCCAGGGCCCCUAGGAGCGGCAGUCAGAGUGCCCUGAGAGGGCUGCGGGAGGGACAUGGGAGUUAGGACCCUGGCUCCUGCUCUGGAGCAAAUGGAGCAGCUGGAGAACCAAGGAGGUCUGGGAAGGCCAGAGACUGCACUAGUGCGUGCAAAUGCCACACCCUCCCUCCAAGGCCUUCCCUGACCACCCCACCCCAUCGCCCUCACCUUGCUUUAUGUUUCUCCAUAGCUCAUGCCGCCUUCCACGGUGAUAUAUAUUUGCUUCUAAUUUUGUUAUCUAUACCAGAAGCCCCACCAGAUUAUAAGCUUCAAGAAGGAAUGAGUUUUUGUCUUACUCCUCAACACUUACUGCCUAGAACAGCCCUGGCUCCCAAUAAAAACUGAAAUAAUCUCCA